GAAGGAAGAGGCGGAGCGGGGAGCGGUGACGUCCUUCCAAGAUGGCGGAGAGAGCGUGAAGAAACUGUUGCCCCUUGAUUUGCUCUAGAACAAGGGUAAAAUUCCAUUCUGAUCUCAAAAUGCAGUAUUCGCACCACUGUGAGCACCUUUUAGAGAGACUGAACAAACAGCGGGAAGCAGGUUUUCUUUGUGACUGCACCGUAGUGAUUGGGGAAUUCCAGUUUAAAGCUCAUAGAAAUGUCCUUGCCUCAUUUAGUGAGUAUUUUGGUGCGAUCUACAGAAGCACUUCUGAGAACAAUGUCUUCCUUGAUCAGAGUCAAGUGAAGGCUGAUGGAUUUCAGAAACUGUUGGAGUUUAUAUACACAGGAACUUUAAAUCUUGACAGUUGGAAUGUUAAAGAAAUUCAUCAGGCUGCUGACUAUCUCAAAGUGGAAGAGGUGGUCACUAAAUGUAAAAUAAAGAUGGAAGAUUUUGCUUUUAUUGCUAAUCCCUCUUCUACAGAGAUAUCUAGUAUUACUGGAAACAUUGAAUUGAAUCAACAGACUUGUCUCCUUACUCUACGGGAUUAUAACAGUCGGGAAAAAUCAGAAGUGUCUACAGAUUUAGUUCAGGCAAAUCCUAAACAAGGGGCUUUAGCAAAGAAGUCAUCUCAAACGAAAAAGAAGAAGAAGGCCUUCAACUCCCAGAAAACAGGACAGAAUAAAACAGUGCAAUAUCCCAGUGACAUUUUAGAGAAUGCAUCUGUUGAAUUAUUCUUAGAUGCAAAUAAAUUGUCCAGUCCUGUAAUAGAACAAGUUGCACAAAGAAAUGAUAAUUCAGAACUCGAGUUGACAUCAGUUGUGGAAAAUACUUUUCCAGCACAAGAUAUUGUGCAAACUGUUACAGUGAAACGGAAACGUGGAAAAUCACAGCCAAACUGUGCUCUGAAAGAACAUUCUAUGUCUAAUAUAGCCAGUGUCAAGAAUUCUUAUGAGCUGGAGAGCUCUGGGGAAGAGCUGGAUCAGAGGUAUUCCAAGGCCAAGCCAAUGUGUAACACAUGUGGGAAAGUGUUUUCAGAAGCCAGCAGCUUGAGAAGGCACAUGAGAAUACAUAAAGGAGUUAAACCUUAUGUCUGCCACUUGUGUGGAAAGGCAUUUACGCAAUGUAACCAGCUGAAAACGCAUGUAAGAACUCAUACAGGUGAGAAGCCAUACAAAUGUGAAUUGUGUGAUAAAGGAUUUGCUCAGAAAUGCCAGCUAGUCUUCCAUAGUCGUAUGCAUCAUGGUGAGGAAAAACCCUAUAAAUGUGAUGUAUGCAAUUUACAAUUUGCAACUUCUAGCAAUCUCAAGAUUCAUGCAAGGAAGCAUAGUGGAGAGAAGCCAUAUGUCUGUGAUAGGUGUGGACAGAGAUUUGCUCAAGCCAGCACAUUGACCUAUCAUGUUCGUAGGCAUACUGGAGAAAAGCCGUAUGUGUGUGAUACUUGUGGGAAGGCAUUUGCUGUCUCUAGUUCUCUUAUCACUCAUUCUCGAAAACAUACAGGUGAAAAACCAUACAUAUGUGGUAUUUGUGGGAAAAGUUUUAUUUCCUCAGGAGAGCUCAACAAACACUUUCGAUCCCAUACAGGAGAAAGGCCAUUUAUCUGCGAAUUAUGUGGAAAUUCUUACACAGAUAUUAAAAAUUUAAAGAAGCACAAAACAAAAGUCCAUUCCGGUGCAGAUAAACUUCUAGAUUCUAGUAUAGAGGAUCAUCCGUUGAAUGAACAAGAUUCUAUACAAAAAAGUCCUUUAUCAGAAACACUGGAUGUGAAGCCUUCUGAUAUGACUUUACCACUAUCUCUUCCGCUUGGAACUGAGGACCACCACAUCCUUCUGCCUGUCACAGAUAACCAGUCUCCUACAUCAGAUACGUUGUUGAGAUCAACUGUGAAUGGGUAUUCAGAACCACAGUUGAUUUUUUUACAGCAAUUAUACUGACUUUGUGAGGAAUAUGGAAUUACUAAGACGUCUUUGGUAGUAAACAUAAACAUCUCUGGUAAGGUGCAUAUAUUCAUAUUAAAUUAGCAUUCAUUUGAGUUGUGACCAUUAUUUUCCAUUCAGCUGAAGUAAACACCUGAUGCUGCAUCAUAACUGCAAUGCUUGUUUUGAUUUUUGGCUUCUAUGCCUAGAUUAUAAACAUGACAUGUUAAGGAGUGAAUUAUACUGUAGUAGCACUAUUUUGAAUGGAUGAGUUUUUUUCUCUUAGAGCUGCCUUAAUUCAUUUUUAUUUUGCAUUUUAAAUUGCUUUUCAUUUAUUUAAGUGGAAUCUUUCCAUUUAUAUGAGUCAGUUUUGACCUGCGGGAUUUUUUAGUUUUUUCCCCUCAAAAUUUAAGCAAAAUCUAUGGUAGUAUCAGGCCAAUAGUGUUGCUGUUACCAAGCCCCAUAGACCAGUACAUAAACUAUGGGGGGAAAGUGAAUUUUCAUUCUUCUACUUAAGAGAAUUUAGGUACUGAAUAAGAAUUGUGCUGUUUCUCUAUUAAUAUAUUCCCUUGGAGGUAACUUUUCUAAUGACACAAAAAGAAGUGUUUUUCUUAAAAGCUAGAAAACUGUAUAUACAUUUUUGUUCAUUUAGGCCUCAGAAUUCUGGAGAAAAGCAGUGAUCAGUACUUUUGAGUUAUCCAAGACUACAUUUAUCUGCAAAAUGAGUUUUAAAUAGAUCAUUUGGUAUCUUUAUCGUAAUAAAGACAGCUUCAAAAUUUGAUUCAGGUUAUGUUUUAAUAGGUUUCUAGAUUACUGGAGAUGAGGAAAAUAUGAAUUUUGAAGAUUUUUGAUAAGCCUUGCUACACCUGUUACGCACUUUUUAAAAUACUAAGUUCCAAAAAGAAUUUUUUAAACGUAAACCUAAUGCGUACGCUAAAUCACUUGGCUUCUGAAUUGACACAUUGUAAUUACAUAAAGAACUAAGAAAUUAGCUUCAUUUAUCAGUGAACAUUUGACUUACCAGAAAGCCAGUUUGCUAAAUAUUUUACAUUUUUCUGUAAGUUUUGAGUUUAAAAUUUUAUGAAUCAAACCACAACAUUUGGUUGUUGUCAGACUGCCUACAGUAGUCUGUCUUCUUCUUACUGAAUGUAAAAAAUUCAGUAUCAUUCUGAUAUUUACUUCCCCAUCCCACUUUUCCCGCAUAAUUCAUUUAUAUUACUGCCUGAUCUUUGGACAUUAGAUUACCAGUUCCACAGAGUCAGUUCCUAUGCUGCUGAUCAAACACCAUGGUGACAUUAUUUCUUAUUUCUGCCAUGCAUUGGUUGUGGCUUAUUUGUUUUCUGUAAUAAAGUUAACGUGGGGUUUGGGGGUUUUUUGAUAUUGAUUUCCUUAAUUGAAUUUUCUCUGGCAUCCUAGUCAGAAGAACCAACUAGAAGAGGAUGUAAUGAGACUACUUAAUUCUUGUACACUGUAGAGAGGCCACCGUUUCGCAGCACACUCACCAUUUUUGCAGUAGUUUGCCACCAGUGGGACUGACUUCACAGUUUGAAAUAUUCCCUUUGUGUAAUAUACAUCAAACUUAGGAUUUAAUUAUUUAUCUAAGAAAUCUAAUUAUGCUUGUGUAUUAAUAUGCUGGGUUUAAAUAUAAUUUAUAAAGUUAUAAAAUGUUCAACUAAUCUAUUCUGGCUUAAAUUCAAUAGGAAUUUAUUGGAAUGUGAAGAAAUUAAAGAAAAUUAAAAGACAGCCUCUUUAAGAAGUCUGCUGAAAUGGAGAGGUUAUAUUUAAUUCACAUCUUCAUUAAUCCAAGCAUCUAAAGAAUAAAAUUUCAAAAUGGCUACAGUGAUGUCAAAAUUUUAUGAGAGCUGUAGUUACCAAAUUUCUUCUAAUAAUGGUAAUUAGCAUUUUUUAUAGAUUAGUCCUCAGAUUUAUUAUUUUUAAUAUUAUUGGAUUAGAAUGGGUAAGGUUGAUUUACUGUGUUUUUUCUCCAUCACAUUAUCUGCUUCAUAACUAAAAUACUUUCUUUUAAAAUUGACAUGUCUCGAUGCUCUUCCAGAGUGACAUGUGAGAAAUCUUGAAGGCUGAGGUCCCUGUCUUGUCAUUCUUCUCAUAAUGCUAUACAAUUUUUUAUGAUAAUAUGCUUAUAUUUAGUUGUAUCUGGUGUCAUUUUAACACUCAAUUACCGUUUAAAUAAGUCUGGUUUUAAAUAUAUUUGUUACAAUGCAGUUUUGGGAAAGGUCUAUUCUUAAUAUUAUUACGUUUUUGAAAGUGUUUAGGAUGUUGAAGCUCUCACUGAGAAAUUAUUUUCUAAAAUAAUUUUGUAUGUAUUAGAUUAUUCCUACUGUAUUGUUAGAUUUUAGACUUUUUAAAAAGAAACCAUAGAUUAUAUAUAAAUGAUUUUUUGCUGUUUUUAAAUGGUACUUGUUUUAUGUUUAAUUUCAUAGGAUAAUUUUGAUAGACAAAUUUUAGAAAAAAAAAUUUUUUAAUGGUUCUGAUGUUCUGUUGCAAAAGUAGUUUAGCACUUCUGUAUGUUUCAGUUCUACAGAAAUUGUACGAGUGAGAGUAGUUGAAAUGUACAUGUAUAAAAACAAUGUACAUAUACUUGUUUUUAAAAAUAUCCUAGAAUAAUAGUUCUAACAUUUAAUGCAUAUCAGAAACAUUUUAAAAUAACACUAUCCCAGUCCCACCCCACCUUAGUCUUACUAAAUCAUACAAUCUGUGGGAUAUAUAUGAUGGAAAAGCCCCAUAGCAGAUUUUAAUGUAACCAGACAUUGAGAACCAAUAUCCUAAAUGUUUCUUGGUGUUCUUUUGGAAAGCAUUUAAAAAUGAAGCUCUUGAUAUAAUUUUCCAUCUUGUACUUAGAUUUUGAGUCUUUAGAACUUUACUAGAAAUACCACCAAGUAAAAAGAAAUUGUAUUUUAAUGCAAUUUCUGUAUAUUCUACAUUUUUACUCUUUAUUUAUAAACAACUUGGAGAUUUAGUUAUUGGAGCAUUAAUUUUUUUUUUUUUUUUUUUUUUGGUGGAGCAUUAAUUUCUUGACAAUGAUAUGGUUACUCUUUUGUCCUCUGCAACCCCUGCCCCCCAUUCAUUCAAGAGAAAUUUGGGGGGCAUAUGGGUGGCUCAGGCGGUUAGGUGUCUGGACUCUUGAUUUUGGCUCAAAUCAUGAACUCAUGGUGAUGAGAUUGAGCACUGUGUAGGGCUCCGCGCUGGGCAUGGAGCCUGCUUAAUAUUCUCCCUCUCCCUCUUCCUCUGCCCCUUCACUGCAUGUGCGCAUGCUCCCAUGCGUGCACUUUCUCAAAAAAGAGAGAUUUGGUUUAUUUGUUUAAGGAAUUAGAUCAUUAUCAUGUAAACAUAAUAACCACCCAGAAGUAGGGUAUUUAAUAUCGAGAAGAAUGCACUAAAAUAAAUACCAUAGGUGUGAAUAGAUACCUGGAUUAAAAUGUCUGGCCAGUAUUUCAAAUGCUAGAAAAUUAUUGAAAUCAAUACAUAAACCUACAAAGAUAAAUAAACUAAAUACCACCCUAAGUCAAAUGGGAAGGAAAAGCCUGAAUAUAACUGGCAGUAAACAAGACAAUGUCAAGUGUUACAGGGGAAGGCAAGAAAGAAAAUAUUGAGCAGUCAGCCAGAGUUGAAUGGGCAGAAAAAGGGCCAUUACUCCCAUGGAUAGGCAAACAAGAAGAAAUGGAUGAUAGGAAGGAAUGUGCACACAGCUAACUGAAAUAGGCAGAAUGAAAAAAGUAUGAAACAGGGAGGAGUGAAAGACAUGUCCAGUGCUGUGCCUACAAUCAUCUUACAUGAAAUAGUCCUCAGUCCUCUGCCUGUGCUGAGGAGUAGGAUUGGAUAGCCAGGUUUAUAACCCAUGAUCUCACACACCCAAGCACAGUUGACUGCUGAAGGGCAGGGGUUAGAUAGCCACAUUUAUAACACAUGAUUCCAUACUAUGUCCACAGCUAACUGAACACUUUACCAGGGAGAAACAAUUCUUAGGCCCGACUGAGCGGUUAGAUUCUCAAGAAUUUGAGUUUUGAAAUUCAGAGACUGUUAGGUUUUGGUAUACAUGUGAGUGGAAAGAUCGUUUAGAACUGGCCCAGAGUCAGUGAAGCAAGCCGGAGUCUACAGGAAAUUAUGAAUAAGCAGAGAAAGCUGAUCUAUAGAGUGAAGCAAGGGAGUGAAAUCAGUUCACAGAACCAGCCACUGAUUCCCUGUGAGAGAGGUGUGGCCUUGGUUUCUGGCUUUGCAGUCCCAUUCUUUAAGUGGCACAAGUGCUGUGCUUCAUUUCCUUGUCCCUGGGUGCCAGUGAUUUUUUUUUUCCCCUGUUAGAUCCUUAAGGUAAAUCCUUUUCUUAAACAGGCAUGAAUGAAUCAGUGUCUUUUCCUUGCAGUUAGAUAGCUCCGACUUAGACACCUAAGUUUUGAUCCUUAAUAAUUGAGAAGAUGGUGAUCCCAUUAACUGUGAUAGGGAAGAUAAGGAAGAGGCUUACAAAAGAGAAGACUUUAGUGGCGCCUGGGUGGCUCAGUCGGUUAAGCAUCUGACUUCGGCUCAGGUCAUGAUUUCACAGUCCGUGAGUUCAAUCCCUGUGUCGGGCUCUGUGCUGACUGCUUGGAGCCUGGAGCCUGCUUCAGAUUCUGUGUCUCCCUCUCUCUGACCCUCCCCCGUUUAUGCUCUGUCUUUCUUUGUCUCAAAAAUAAAUAAAUACUGAAAAAAAGUUAAAAAAAGAAGACUUUAUUUUAGAUGCAUUGAGUUUGGUGAUAAAACAGCCAUGUGACAAUGUCUAGCUGUAGUUGGAAAUGGAGCCUUAAGCCCAGGAGAGGUUAGAGCUAAAGAUACAGAUCUUGUAGCAUAAGACUGAUAAUUAUUGUGAUAGAAAUGAUUCAGGCAGCCCUAGGAGAUGGUACAGAACAAAAGAUGAGGAAACAAUCUUCAGGGAAAUACAUUUAAAGAAUGAGCCAAAGAUGGGGUGCCUGGAUGGCUCAGUUGGUUAAGUGUCCAGUUUCGGCUCAGGUCAUGAUCUCACAGCUUGAGAGUUUGAGCCCAGUCGAUUGAGAGCCUGCUUGGGAUUCUCUCUCAAAGAGAGAAAGUGAGGGAGAGAGGGAGGCAGGGAGGGUGGAAGGAAGGAAGGAAAGGAGAUACAAAGUGAUAACAGGAAGAAAAUCGGGGUGCGGCAAGUUUCACAAGGACAAAAGUGGCUUUACACCAGUCAUAUGGCACAGAGAAAUUAAAUAGGUGCAAAUCAAAGACAACUUUAGGUUGGGUAAUUGAAGCAUGAUGAUCCUUUGAGAAGGCAGUUAUAGUAAGCUUAGGUGGAUAUGGUUUGAGUGGUAGUUAAGACAUUGAAUACUACUGUUUAGCUUGAAAAGCAGAGUGUAGAUCAAGAUCAGUUUUUGUCAAACAUGUAAAAAAUAUCAAGCACUUUUUUGUUUUCAAACCUGAAACAUCGCAAAAUGAAGAGCAUAAUAUUUGUAACACCAUAAUCAAGAGGCUGUAUUUGAGCCUGAAAUUAAAGGAUGAUAAGAGAAAAAUGGAAACAUACACAUGGUCACAGAUUUAUUCAUGGUUCAAAUGUGCAGAGGAAAUAGAGUAUUCUGACAGAAUGUGCAUGUAUUUACUCUUGAGCUCCCACCCAGUGGGAAGUCUGGAAAAAAUUAACCUUUAGUCCCAGCCAAUUUAAAACUUAGUCUAAUAUAAAGGAGAUACAAUUUAUAAUAUUUUAAAGUAAUGCUUAAACUUUUGGAAAAAUGCUGUCUUAUUUCUGCCCUUUGUCUUCUCUUUAAACUGGUGUCCAGCUAUACGGAGGGUGCUUACAUGACAUAAUGGCAUCAGGGAAGACCAUGUGUUCAGGUCUUCAUUCUCUGGGCAUCCUGCUGGCCUCUGAUGCAGUAGGCAACAGCUUGUAAAAUAGGUGAUCAGAUUUUUCCUAGCUUGGUCAGAGCCUGGUGGUUGUUGACUGAAUUGGCCUCGCCUUAGAUUUAACAAACGUGGAGAACUCAGACUUCUGCUGCUCUGUCUCAAGCAGGCCAUUGUAGAUCAGGUUGCAGGUUUAACCUGUGCCACCCCACCACAGGCUUGAAGUAAGCCUGUUUGCCUGCCAUUCAUGAACUUGCUUCCCACUCAGCUAGCUACCUUCCCUUGGGAGAAUGUAGAAACUUGCGGCGGGGUGGGGGUCCCUUCUAUUCCACACAGGAACAGAGAUUAGCCUGGACAGGCAGAUCUCGUUACCAAGGUUUAUUUUUUUGUGACUAUUUCCUAGACUGACGAGAGGCCACCUCGUUCCAGAAUCUGGUAGACUCCUCUGCUACCCAGCAUAUUACAGAAUACUUCAAAGCAAUAAGAGACUAUUGCUACAUUAAACAUAAGUAAAUCACACAGACACAAAGGGUAUACGAUUCCGUUUCUAUAAAAUUCAGAAAUAGGCAAAACUGUUACUGUGGUGUUAGAAAUCAGGAAAGUGGUUGCCUGUUGGAAGAAGGUUGGAGGCACUUCUGGGAAGCGUGUGGUAUUUACUAUCUUUAUGUAAGUUGUGGCUGACACAGGUGGGUUAGCAUUGUGGUAACUCCUUUAUCUCUUCACUUAAGAUUUGUGUACUUUUGCAUUUAAAAAAGUACAUAUUUAAAAAAACUGAAGAAUGAGAAAACCAGAGCAUUGGUUCUUAAACUUUAAUAGAUUAAAGAUGACCUGGAUUGUAAAAAUGCAGAUUCCCCAGACUGUCCUCAGAAAAUUUGAUUCAGUAGGUCUCACUCUAAGAAUCUGUAGUUUUAACAUUUGCCCCAGUGUGUUCUGAUGCUCCACAUUUUAAAAAUGCUGAUUUAGCAUCUCUAGUUUAAUGAACGUAACUCUCUGGACAGACAUUCAGGUAUAUGAGGUUUGUCAUAUUAAUUGUUGCUCAAGUCUGAAUUUAUUGGAUCUCUAAUUGCUGGGAGCAAUUUCCUCACUAGCUUAAUGUUUUACAGAUGUAAUGACAGUUGUUUAAAAUGUUCCUAAGUUUUCCCAUAGCUUAGUUUUAUUGCAUCCACUGAAUUCUGCAGUUUUUCAAAUUUGAUUAAAAAACAAAAAAUUUUAUUCACUUUCUAUUGCAUUUUUAACAAUACAAAAACAUUUGAUUUUUCUGAGAUAUACAGCUUUUUAUUUUUAUUUUUAUUUAUUUUUAAUUUUUUUUAACAUUUAUUUAUUAUUGAGAGAUAGAGCAUGAACAGGGGAGGGGUAGAGAGAGGGGAGACACAGAAUCCGAAGUAGGCUCCAGGCUCUGAGCUGUCAGCACAUAGCCCAACUUGGGUCUCAAACUCACUAACUGUGAGAUCAUGACCUGAGCUGAAGUCAGUGGCCUAACCAACUGAGCCACCCAGGCGCCCCGAGAUAUAUAGCCUUUUAGAUACAGAUAUUUAGUUCUAGAUUAUUCAGCAUGUAAUAAUGUUAACUCUAUAAAAAAACAACCAGUCUUUAUAUCCGCAUAGCAGAGAUCUUAAAAUGGAAAUAAACUAAGAUUGGAACACGAAGAGAAGAGAAUGUUGCCAAGUAAGGUUUGAUAAAACCUAUUAAGUAAAGUCAAUAACUAGUAAAAUCAGUUUAAGCGUCAGGAUACAUAAUGUCAUUUAUAGAAUUCUAUAAUCUAUACAGUAUAAUUUUGUUCCGUUGUAAACAUUUGCAGAUCUUUAAGUGAUUUUUGCAUCAAUGGAAGGUCAUGUUAUUUCUAAAAUUCCAUUACCAGAUUGUGGUAGUUUUCUAUGAUACAACAUAUAAAUAAUAUUUAUCUAAAAAAAAAAAAAAACCUUGAAAUCCAUUUCACACAUUGUUAUUAACAUGAACUGUUAUGUAUUUUUCAACCAAUUCCAGAUGUUUUAAGAUUUUAUUUUUCAGCGCAGACUCAGCCUGAUAGCAACCAUCUGUCCUGUCCUGGAUGAUUCAAAUUCAUCUCUGAAAGCAUGAGAAUGGAUUUGGUAAGGCAUUUAGGUCUUUUCUGGCUCAAUGACUCCGUAACAUUAAGUGAAAAUAAUGCCUCAUACAGUUUAUUCAGAUGUUCUUCCCUUUACAUAACCACCAUCAUCCUCUGUACGCACCCUCCUGCCCCCACCCAGGGAGUAUAGGAACGCGGUAUUAGGUGUUAAAUAGAAGGAAAGACCUAUAAAACUUCAAAAAUCAUUAAAUACUGAGUAGGGGGUAUUCAUCUUAUUUGUUUAAAGGAAUGGACAUCGGUGGGAGUUUUUUAUUGCUAAUUUUUAAAAAUAAAUACAGCUACGAUUUGAGGAAUUAACAAUACUUUAAGUGAAGGCCAAUACUCUGACAUCUGUAAAGCUGACCACCACCUUGAUUUCACAUCCUUGCUGUCAACAUUUAGAGAUAGGUGGUAUUUUUAGACUGCAGAACCUCAGCUCAAUUUAAAGUAACCUUUUAAAACUGUCCAUGUCUUUUCACACUUUGCUUGACAAGUAAAUCAUUCAGAUGAAGCAGCCUCUUCUUGGUAUGUGUGAAUAAAUUUGUGUAUGUAGGUCAAAGCAUCAUAGCGUCAGUUGCCUCAUCAUAGGAAUCUUUUUUUUUAACGUUUAUUUAUUUUGAGAGAGAGUGUGUACAAGUGUGCAUGACCCAGGGAGGGGCAGAGAGAGGGAGAAUCCCUUUUUCUUUCUUUCUUUCUUUCUUUCUUUAUUUAUUUAUUGUUUAAUUUACAUCCAAGUUAGCAUAUAGUACAACAAUGAUUUCAGGAGUAGAUUCCUUAAUGCCCCUUGCCCAUUUAGCCCAUCCCACCUCCCACAACCCCUCCAGUAAUCCUCUCUUUAUAUUUAAGAGCCUCUUAUGUUUUUCUAUAAAACAGCACCUGUUUUUAUAUUCUUUUUGCUUCCCUUCCCUUAUGUUCAUCUGUUUAGUAUCUAAAAUUCCUCAUAUGAGUGAAGUCAUAUGAUAUUUGUCUUUCUCUAAUUUCACUUAGCUCACCAGCUCCAUCCACGUAGUUGCAAAUGGCAAGAUUUCAUUCUUUUUGAUUGCCUAGUAAUACUCCGUGUGUGUGUGUGUGUGUGUGUGUGUGUGUGUGUGUGUGUAUACACAUACAUAUACAUACAUACAUAUACAUAUAUACACCACAUCUUCUUUAUCCAGUCAUCCGGUGACAGACAUUUGGGCUCUUUCCAUACUUUGACUAUUGUUGAUAGAGCUGCUAUAAACAUGGGGGCACAUGUGUCCCUUUGAAACAGCACACCUAUAUCCCUUGGAUAAAUGCCUAGUAGUGCAAUUGCUAGGUCAUAGGGUAGUUCUAUCUUUAGUUUUUUGAGGAACCUCCAUACUGUUUUCCAGAGUGGCUGCAACCAGCUUGCAUUGCCACCAACAAUGCAAAAGAGAUCCUCUUUCUCCGCAUCCUCACCAACAUCUGUUGUUGCUUAAGUUCUUAAUGUUAGCCAUUCUGACAGGUGUGAGGUGAUAUCUCAUUGUGGUUUUGAUAUUUCCCUGAUGAUGAGUGAUGUUGAGCAUUCUUUCAUGUGUCGGCCAUCUGGUUUUCUUCUUUGGAGUGUCUAUUCAUGUAUUUUGCCCAUUUCUUCACUGGAUUCUUUGUUUUUUGGGUGUUAAGUUUGAUAAGUUCUUUAUAGAUUUUGGAUACUAACCCUUUAUCUGAUGUGUCAUUUGCAAAUAUCUUCUCCCAUUCCGUUGGUUGCCUUUUAGUUUUGCUGAUUGUUUCCUUUGCUGUGCACAGCUUUUUAUUUUAAUGAGGUCCCAAUAGUUCAUUUUUGCUUUUGUUUCUCUUGCCUCUGGAGACAUGUCAGGUCUCCAGAAGUUGCUGCGGCUGAGGUCAAAGAGGUUUUUGCCCGCUUUCCCCUCUAAGAUUUUGAUGGCUUCCUGUCUUACAUGGCCUUUCGUCCAUUUUGAGUUUAUUUUUGUGUAUGGUGUAAGAAGGUGAUCCAGGUUCAUUUUUCUGCACGUCGCUGUCAAGUUUUCCCAGCACCAUUUUCUGAAGAGACUUCCUUUAUUUCAUUGGAUAUUCUUUCCUGCUUUGUCAAAGAUUAUUUGGCCAUCCAUUUGUGGGUCCAUUUCUGGGUUCUUUAUUCUGUUUCAUUGACCUGAGUGUCUGUUUUUGUGCCAGUACCAUAUUGUCUUGAUGAUUACAGCUUUGUAAUACGUCUUGAAGUCCGGGAACAUGAUGCCUCCAGCUUUGGUUUUCUUUUUCAAGAUUGGUUUGGCUAUUUGGGGUCUUUUCUGGUUCCAUAAAAAUUUUAGGAUUGUUUGUUCUGGCUCUGUGAAGAAUGCUGGUGUUAUUUUGAUAGGGAUUGUAUUGGAUAUGUAGAUCGGGUAGUAUUGACAUUUUAACAGUGUUCUUCCUAUCCAGGAGCAUGGAAUAUUUUUCCAUUUUGUGUCUUCUUUAAUUUCAUACAUAAGCUUUCUACAGUUUUCAGUGUAUAGAUUUUUUACCUCUUUGGUUAGGUUUAUUCCUAGGUAUUUUAUGGUUUUUGGUGCAGUUGUAAAGGGAUUGAUUCCUUGAUUUCUUUCUGUUCUUUUUUAUUGGUGUAUAGAAAUGCAACCGAUUUCUAUGUAUUGAUUUUAUAUCCCGCGACUUUGCUGAAUUCAUGUAUCAGUUCUAGCAGUUUUUUGAAAUCUUUUGGGUUCCCCAUAUAGAAUAUCAUGUCAUCUGUGAAGAGUGAAAGUUUGACUUUCUCCUGGCUGAUUUGGAUCUCUUUUAUUCCUUUGUGUUGUCUGAUUGCUGAGGCUAAGACUUCCAAUACUAUGUUGAAUAGCAGUGGCGAGUGUGGACAUCCCUGUCUUCUUCCUGACCUUAGGGGGAAGGUGCUCAGUAUUUCCCCAUUGACGAUGAUAUUAGCAGUGGGUCUUUCAUAUAUGGCUUUUAUGAUCUUCAGGUGUGAUCCUUCUACCCCUACUUUCUUGAGGGUUUUUAUCAAAAAGGAUGCUGUAUUUUGUCAGAUGCUUUCUCUGCAUCUAUUGAGAGGAUCAUGUGGUUCUUGUCCUUUGUUUCAUUGAUGUGAUGAAUCACAUAGAUUGUUUUGCUGAUAUUGAACCACCCUGCAUCCCAAGUAUAAAUCCCACUUGGUCGUGGUGAAUAAUUCUUUUAAUUAUUGUUGGAUCCGGUUGGCCACUAUCUUGCUGAGGAUUUUUGCAUCCAUGUUCAUCAGGGAGAGAGGAAGAAUCCUAAGCAGUCUCCGCACCUGAGCCAUUCAGGCACCCCAUCCUUAUAGGAAUCUUAAUUUGAAAACAAGAUUGGCCAUAGACAACAGUAAUUAUUUGCAAUCAAAUCAUUAAAAUGUUACUGGCAUCUUCUGGCGCCUGGGUGGCUCAGUAGGUUAAGCAUCUGACUCUUGAUUUCAGCUCCUGUCAUGAUCUCAUGGUCCUGAGAUUGAGCCCCAGUGGGCCUCUGAGCUGGGCAUGGAGCCUGCUUAAGAUUCUCUCUCUCCCUCUACCCUUCCCAACUCGUGCAUGUUCUGUCUCUCAAAAAAUACUUAAAAAAUUCUUAAAUAAAAAAAAUGUUGGAGCACCUGGGUAGCUCCGUUAAGCAUCCUACUCUUGAUUUCAGCUCAGGUCAUGAUCUCCCAGUCGUGAGAUCAAGCCCCAUGUCAGACAUGCACUGAGUGUGGAGUCUGGGAUUCUCUCUCUGUCUUUCUCUCUCUCUGUCUCUUUCUGUCUCUUGCGCUCGCUCUCUCUCUCUCUCUCUCUCUGCCUCUCCCCCGCUUGUGCUCUCUCUUUCCCUCUCUCCAAUACAUAAACAUUUUUAAUUUUUUUUAACAUUUAUUUAUUAUUGAGAGAGCAUGAGCAUGGGAAGGGUAGAUAGAGGGGGAGAUACAGAUUCUGAAGCAGACUGCAGGCUCUGAGCUGUUAGCACAGACCCCAGUGCGGGGCUUGAACUCACAAACUGCGAGAUCAUGACCUGAGCCAAAGUUGGACGCUUAACCGACUGAGCCACCCAGGCGCCCCAUCAAAUACAUAAACAUUUUUUUAAAAUAAAAAUAACAGCUCUUUAAAAAAUGUUACUGGCAUCUUCUAAAAAAGAACGAUCUUAAAAAUUUCACUGGCAUCACUGACUUGUUUGGAAAGCAUCCACUUAUAUGUAUUUGUAACGUGUAUGUUUAUAAUAUAUUUGCUUAUAUUUGUGAGAUUCUGUCAAUACCCAUAAUACCUAAAUAAGAUACAUAAAAUACUUUUUCAACUUCUGAACCUCCUGAAAUUCCCUGACAGCCUGCCACCUGAACCCGUUUUACAACCUCAUGACAACUUUCAGUUAGGAUACCUAAUAAUGACGUCUUCUUUUUUAUGCUAUUUUUACUACUUAAUGAUAUUUUCUUUUUAAAAACAAAUUUAAUUCCUUAAUUUUUUUUUUCCACAUGGUUAAAAUUUUAGUCUCUAUUCCUUUUUUCCCCCAGUCCUUUUUUUUUUUUUUUUUUUUUUGAUGUAUAGGUGACAUUAGUUUCAGGGGUACAACAUAGUGAUUCAACAAUUAUAUACAAAAUGUUCACUAUGGUAAGCUUAGUUACCAUCUGUUACUAUACAGUGUUAUUAUAUUACUAUGUUCUCUAUGCUGUACUUUUCAUUCUAAUGACUUGAAUAUUUAUUUUGAGAGAGAUCAUGAGCAGGGGAAGGGCAGAGGGAGAGAGAGAAUCCCAAGUAGGCUCCACGCUGUCAGCACAGAGCCCAGUGCGGGGUUCGAACCCACAAAAUGUGAGAUUUUGACCUGAGCUGAAACCAAGAGUCAGUCUGAAACCAAGAGUCAGUCGGAGCCACUCAGGUUCCCCUGACUUAUUUAAUAAGUUUGGAAGUUUGUACCUCGUUAAUCCCUUUAUUUUGUCUGUCCUUUCAUCUCCCUCCCCUCCAACAACCACUGGUUUGUUGUCUGUGAGUCUGUUUUUGUUCUUGUUUCUUUGUUCAUUUGUUUUUGACUCCACAUAUAAGUGAAAGCAUAGGUUAUUUGUCUUUCUCUGUCUGACUUACCUCACUUAGCAUACAUAACCUUUAGGUCCACUGAUGUUGCCAGUGGCAAGAUUUCAUUCUUUUGGUUGAGUAAUAUUCCAUUGUAUAUAUGUACACUGCAUCCUUAUCCAUUCGCCGAUCAGUGGACACCUAAGUUGCUUCCAUAUCUUGGGUACUGUAAAUAAAGCUGCUAUAAACAUAGGGGUGCAUAUCUUUUCAAAUUCAUGGUUUUGGGGUUUUUUUGGUAAAUACCUAGAAAUGGAAAUACUAGAUCAUAUGGUAGUUGUAUUUUUAGUUUUUUUUGAGGAAUCUCCAUACUCUUUUUCAUAGUGGUAGUACCAGUUUACAUUCCCACCAGUUCAUAAAGGUUCCCUUUUCUCCAACACUUAUCUCGGCUUUUUUUUGGUACUAGCCAUUCUGACAUAUGUGAGGUGAUAUAAUUGUGGUUUUGAUUUUCAUUUCCCUGAUAACUAAUGAUGUUGAGCAUUUUUUCAUGUGUCUGUUGGCCAUCUUAUGUGUCUUUUGGCCAUCUUUAUGUCUUCUUUGAAAAAAAUGUCCAUUCAGGUCCUCUGCACCUGAAUAAUAAUUGGAUUAUUUGGGGGUUUUGGUGUUGAAUUGUAGUUCUUCAUGUAUUUUGGAUAUUAACUUUUUAUCAUAUAUGCAACUAGCAAGUAUCUUCUCCCAUUUGGUAGGUUGCUUUUUUGUUUUGUUGAUGCUUUCCCUCACUGUGCAUAAGCUUUUUAAGUUUGAUGUAGUCCUAGCUGUUUAUUUUUGCUUUUGUUUCCCUUGCCUGGGAGAUAUAUCCAGGAAAACGCUAAGGUUCAUGUCCAAGAGAUUCCAGCCUAUGUUUUCUUUUAGGAGUUUUGUGGUUUCAGGUCUCUUAUGUUUAGGUUUUUAAUCCAUUUUGAGUUUAAUUUUGUCUAUGAUAAGGAAGUGGUCCUGUUCUCCCAGCACCAUUUAUUGAAGAGACUGUCUUUUCUCCAUUAUGUACUCUGGUCUCUUUUGUCAUGGAAUAAUUAACCAUAUAAGCAUGGGUCUUUUUCUGAGCUCUCAAUUCUGUUCUGUUGAUCUAUGUAUCAGUUUUUGUGCCUGUACCGUACUGUUUGGUUAUUACAGCUUUGUAGUAUAGUUUGAAAUCUUAGAUUGUGAUAUCUCCAGCUUUGUUCUUUCUCAAGAUUGCUUUGGCUAUUCAGGGUCUUAUGAGGUUCCAUACAAAUUUUAAGAUUUUUUGUUCUAGUUCUGUGAAACAUGUUAUUGGUAUUAUUUUAGGGAUUGCAUUGUAUGGACAUUUUAACAAUAUCAAGUCUUCCAAUCCAUGAGCAUGGAAUAUCUUUCCAUUUGUUUAUAUCAUC